CUUCUGAUUACGCGCUGCACAGUACAGUCGUGCACGCGCGUGUGUGCAUGCGUCAGCGGCGGAUAAGAGAGGUGAAGCAUCGCAGGAGGUGUCAGGCUCACCAUGCAGGGCUGGCAGCUGCUCCUCUGCGCCUCAGACCCGGAGAACCUCCGCCGCUCAUGUUCCUGCUCAGAGGCUCAUUAAGCGGACCAUGCGACUCUUCAGCGUCUCCACUCUGCUCCUCUUCUUCUCCAGCUCAGGGCUGGCUCUGCAGAUUCAGUGUUACCAGUGUGAGGAGAUGACACACGACUGCUCCACACCAGAGUUUAUUGUGAACUGCACCGUGAACGUGCAGGACAUGUGCCAGAAGGAGGUUCUGGUGAAGGAUGACGGGAUACACUACCGUAAGUCCUGCGCCUCUUCAGGAGCCUGUCUCAUCGCUUCCUCUGGUUACCAGCAGUUCUGCACCGGCAAGCUCAACUCCGUGUGCAUCACCUGCUGUAACACGCCGCUGUGUAAUGGACCCCGGCAGAAGAAACGACCACAACAGUCUGCAGCUUUCCCCGUGGGCACACCACAUGUGUGGCUGCAUGUGUUUGUCCUCCUACUGUCCUCUGUGCUCUGCUGACAGGCCGUGAAAGACUGAGGUUAAAUGUGAAAAAGAAGCUUCUUUGUCUUGACGGUGGACAAAUCAUGACACAGAUAAGGAGCUGAAGACUCUGACAUGUAUAUUCUUCAAGGCCUGUGGAAACUGUGUACAGUAUCUGUCCUCUUGACUGCCUGGGUUUAUGUUGCAGCUUGCCUCCAAAGCUCACAAGGUUUAAAAAAUCUACACAGCAGAGAGAACUCAAAUCCGUUCACAUCUCAUAUCUCAAACAUGAUCGCUGCGAAGCUACAGGAGCAGCUGAGGACGGGGAUGUGGAGGACGGUGUCAGGGAUGAAACAGCUUCUGGCUAUUUUGUGGGGUAGCAGGUGGCUCAGUCUCAUCUGUCUUUGUUUACUCUCGCGCUACAAGGACGAAGACAAUGUUUUUCAGGGAAAGACCCGGAAUAAUCACCAGUGUUGCUGUAAUUAUAAGUAGAGAAGACGGUGUAUGUUGUAUUUGAUAAAUGAAACCAGCUUGUUCUCACUCCCAAAUUGACAAAAACAACAGCUCUGACUGAAGCCCAGUAUUUCAAACUAUGAAGCCUUGUGGUCCUGUGAAGCCUCUCUCUGGACUUUCUUCUACUUUGUUGUUUUAAUGUGAUGUUUAUGUCAGUUCAUGACGUAAGACCAGCGCUUAAUGCUGUAACUAAUGUGUUUGUAACAUCACUGACUAAGUAAGUUUGUGCGUUUCAUAACAUAAUUACACAUUUAAACCAAAAACAUGA